GUGGUGGCCGGACCCCCUACCCUGGAGUGGACCCGAUGUCCCUGGUGGCUCUACUCAGAGAGGGCAGGAGAUUGGAGCCUCCCCAGAAUGUUGCCUGCUCUACGGAGAUGGUCUCGUUGAUUGCCAGCUGUUGGUACGAGGAUCCUGAAGAGAGGCCUUCCUUCGAUGAGCUAGCAACCCAGUUGGAUAAAGUUCUGAGCAAUAUGGUGGGCUACGUGGAACUGAACAUGGAGCUAGUUGCCAUCAUUGAGGAUGAACACAAGUACGAUCAUGUCCUCUCGCUCGAAGAGCAGAUGAAACUUUCCGAGGCUGCUACUAAGGAGGUUACUAUGGAAGAAAAUGCUGCUGCGUAUGGGCUUAGAGGAACCGGGAAAACCAAUCUGGAUUGA